AUGCCGCCCGUACUUAUCUCAUAUCCCUUCCCCCCUCCCCACCGCCCCGCUGGCGUGGUGUGCCCGACGGGAGCGUACUGCGUGGUGGACAGCGGCGGCUUCCCCUUCUGCAAGUGUCUGAGCGGGGAGGGCAUCAUCAACAGCGGCGCGUGCAUCGGUGCCAUGAGCUGGAAGACGGUCGGCACGAGCGUCGUUCUCUACAACAAGGCCUCCUUCGCCAACUCGCCCGCCACGCUCGCACCCGCCGUGCUGCGCGCGCCAGCGCCCAACUCGUCGGUGUGUCGGGUCGUUCCAAAGGGCUUUAACGGCACGGUGGGGUCGCUGCGGAUUAUGUGGAACGUGGAUGACGGCGCCAAGGACCACCUCAUGUGCGGCAAGCUCGUCUUCUGGGACAAGCCCGACUGCUCGGGUUCUUCAUUUGUGUAUGAGAUUCCCGGCAAGUGGACGGCAGCCAAGGCCGACAAGUUCAACUACGCCACCACCAGCGUCAAGCGAGUGGCCGUGGUGCAGCACCGUUGCAUUGGCCUUGGCUCUGCGUCUGCUGAUUGCGUUGACCGCAGGUCCUUCUCGUGUCUGGCGUCCGUGAAGCCGCCUGAAACGGACCUCUCUGCCACGGCGGCAUGCCCGCCCAACUCCAAGUGCUCCCUCAAGAACAGCUCCUAUGCCGUGUGCACGUGCGACCCUGGCACCACCAUGGUCGACAAUGGCUACUGCGUUGGUGAGUCGUCGUCAUGUCGUGGAGUGGAGUGGAGUGGAGUGGAGUAG